AUGAACCUAGAUUACAGGGAAACUGAUGAAAGACCUAUGAACUACUGCUUUUCGAGCCAUGUCCGACAAGCCACAUACAUUUACAAGCACGUUCCAUACACUGCACCCGUUCCCGACGAGCUCCAAGAACGGCCUUCUUCCCAAACACACUCACUCAAAUUUUUCUUUGGAAAUGACCCAAAGGUCAACGUUCUCCGUCUGAGCUACGAGCCAUUGGGGAAGAAUAUUCGCUGGGAGGAUCCAAAAGCGGAGCAUUUGUACAAUGGUUUGAAACUCGGAAAGGACGAGAUCGAGAGUGUGCAGACGUGA